UCUGGCGGUGUGGGAAGAGGAGCAAUGAUGUCAGGAGCGAAAAUCAUUUUUAUUGUUGACUUUUCUCACUGUUGAAAUAUCGAUUUCAAUCUAAUUUUCAUUAUUCUGAAGCGAGAAAUUAACAUUUAGUCAUGUUCAAAAUUGGCCUCGUGCGAUGUGCUGGAAAAAUUCCCUCUUCGCUGCGGCUCGUCGCCCCGGCUGCAAACUUCUGCUCGCAAAAAGAAGUUCAGCACCAUCAGAAGCCGGCUGUGGCUGUCCAAAUUCCUGUGCAAGCGCCUCUUCUGAAGGAGAAGGUGACUGACCUGACAGUGCUGUCCGUGCUGAAGGGGCUGAAGGACUCGCCAAGCCCUGCCUUGCUCUACGGACUGUCAGGACUCAUUCCCUUUGUAGCCGUUCCUGUUUACACCCUUUCAUCUGGCACCUUCUGCCCUCUCAUGGGUUCCAUCCAGUUAUGGUACGGUGCCUCAAUUCUGUCCUUCCUGGGAGGCGUGCGGUGGGGCCACGCUCUGCAUCCUGCGUCGGCAGGAAUGACCUUUGAGAACCUGGGCGUGAGCGUGGCUCCCUCCCUGGUGGCCGUGGCAGCCCUAGGUUUGCCUUACGCGCCUGGCGUGCUGACCGUCGCCACAGGCCUCACGGGCGCUGCCUACUUCGAUUUGGCGAGGAGCAAAUCGUCGUAUCCGCAUUGGUUCAAGUCGCUGCGUCUAGUCCUUUCCUCCGUGGCGGUGGCCUCGCUCCUCUCGGCCCUGGCCCUGAGCUAUACUCAUAAGAAAGAGGAGAAAAAUAAAGAAAACAGCCAGCACUGAAUUUUAGAUCUAAUUCGGCAGUAUAAAGCAUUAAAUUAAUUUGUUCUGGUUUCCAACUGGA